UUGACUGAAUGUGAACAUAGUUACUUUUUUGUUUCUGUUUGAAAUUAACAAACGUUUACUUUAUUUUGAGUUAAAACAUUUUUUUAAAACAGUUUUGAAUCAAAGAUCACAUAAGUGUAAGACAAAUAAGUAAGUCAAUAUAAGGACUAAGUGAAUAAAAAUUGUGUUAUACCUUUGAGAUUGAGUCAACAAACUCUAGGAUUAUAUAGGUGUGCCAUUUUUUGAAAUGUUGAAUAAGAAAAUAACAAAGAACAUUACUUAAUUAUUGUUAUGCGAAAAUUUCGUUGUACGGAGUGUUUCCAUGUGUCCAGGGAAGAAUAAACGCAUCAGAAUGUGGAUUAAAGUUGUGUAAAAGCGGUUGUUUGUAGCAGUAGCCUGCCAUAUGUACCCUGAGGCACACUCUGAUGCUGAUCCACCUACACCAAUAUCGCUGUCGUACCAGCAUUACCUCCCGUAUCCCCCAGUUCGCCGUAGGAUGCACAUAUCAGCGUUAUUUCCUGUACCGUCAGCCAUUGGGGUGAGCUGAUCAAGGCUCGUAAAGUCCAUGCGAAAAAGAUGGCUACAGAUAUGCGGUCGCCUAACGUUUCAGUCACACCGAUCAACAUGGAACCUUAUCCACCUCCAGGGGAGCCUCCGCAGCGUACACGAAGCGCUCCUCACCCCGCCGCUUUAAUUUCAAAUGGCACUGUAGACGGAUUAGACAGUUCUGAUGCAGAAGUUGCCCAGAUAGACUUCCAAUCGGUGAAUAUGCGAUCUAAGAAAAAAAGAGACGAUGUUCCACGACCCAUGAGCUGGGAAGGAGAGCUCUCUGACGGCGAAAGAGACGGUAUGUGCAUCGAUGAAGAGAAUUCAGUCCAAGUACCUGAAAACCUUUCACUUUCUCAAUCAAAAUCAUCUUCUAUAAACGAUUCAAAAGGAAGUCCUACACUCAGACUGAAGCAACCUCCUAUGGGUAAUUAUUCCUUGCACAGCACACCUAGCAAUUCACCUCUACUUAGUCAACGUCAUCCUGUAACAGGAGUGCCAAUUAUAAGUCACAAAGAUCUCAUGAUGCACAAAGGUUUGAAUGUUCCCCCGACUCCAAGCCCCGAUUCUGCCGUCCAUUCUGCUUACAGUGUUUUUAGUUCCCCAAAUCAGUCUCCACUUACCCAACGACACGUUACGCUUACCCCGAAUCUAAGUAGAAAUAAUAGCGACGCCUCCCAUUCGAGCUGUUGUAGCUACAGUAGUGUGUCGGUAUCGGUGUCGCCUACCCAGCAGUUUUCACCUACACAUAGUCCCAUACAGAGUCGGCAUCUACCUAAUAUUCACAAUAGUCCGUUACAUCAACAAAACUUACUCUACAGGAGCCUUCAAGAUGAAAAUCUGCAGUAUGCUACUGAAGACAAUUUGGAUGAAAAUGAAGAUAAAUCUGGAAUUCUACAUACAUCUUUACCCGCACAACCUGGAAUAUCCAGGCAGCAGUUGAUAAACAGCCCCUGUCCAAUUUGUGGCGAUAAAAUUUCUGGCUUUCAUUAUGGUAUCUUCAGUUGUGAAUCGUGUAAAGGUUUCUUUAAAAGGACGGUCCAAAACAGAAAAAACUACGUCUGUCUCAGAGGAGCUCAAUGUCCAGUAACAGUAGCUACAAGAAAAAAAUGUCCUGCCUGUAGAUUUGAUAAAUGUCUGCAAUGUGGAAUGAAAUUGGAAGCUAUUCGGGAAGAUAGAACCAGAGGAGGUCGGUCAACAUAUCAAUGCUCCUAUUCAUUACCUCCUUCCCUAACCAAUCACUCUGAUCUAAGAGCAAGUGCAACAGACUUAAGACACAUGGGCGACGGCCAUCCAGGCUUUACAGUCAAGCUAGAACCUUCAGAUAUGAUGCCUCAUUCGAGGAGAACCAUGUUCCCUGGAUCCAAGGGUGUCCCUCCGUUAUUGCAGGAAAUAAUGGAUGUGGAACACCUGUGGCACUACAAUGAAUCUGAACUGAACAAACUGAGUACCGAUGGCCAUCUUGGCAAAGAGGGCUCGAGCGGGGCGGUACACAAUUUGUCGACCCAUCCACUUCUAGCAGGCACGGCUCUGGCAGGAUCUGCAGACACGAAUCCUGAUUUCGUAGCGAAUUUGUGCAAUAUCGCUGAUCAUAGACUGUAUAAAAUUGUCAAGUGGUGCAAAAGUCUUCCCUUGUUUAAAAAUAUUUCAAUUGACGAUCAGAUAUGUUUACUAAUUAAUUCCUGGUGCGAGCUUCUUCUGUUUUCUUGUUGCUUCCGAUCGAUGGCUACUCCUGGAGAAAUUAGGAUAUCGCUGGGAAAGAGUAUAACUCUAGCGCAGGCUCGAGAGAUGGGCAUGCAAGCGUGUAUAGAAAGGAUGUUGAACUUUACAGAACAACUCAGAAGAUUGAGGGUAGACCAAUAUGAAUAUAUAGCUAUGAAAGUUAUUGUACUCUUAACUUCCGAUACAUCAGAACUGAAAGAAGCUGAAAAAGUGAGGUUAUCUCAAGAAAAAGCUCUUAAAGCUCUACAAGACUAUACUCUAUCACAUUAUCCGGAAAGUCCUUCUAAGUUUGGGGAAUUGCUUUUACGGAUUCCAGAAUUACAACGAACUUGUCAAGUAGGGAAAGAGAUGUUAACAAUAAAAUCAAAAGACGGAGAUGGACCGAGUUUUAACCUCCUAAUGGAGCUCCUUCGGGGGGACCACUGAAAAUGUGCCUUAAUAGCUUUGGUGGCGGGCUCUCAUAUACUACAGACAGUAUUUUUUGCUUAAUCACUAUUUAGCUUUAAGUGAAACCUUUCGUACUUAGUAAAACGUGCUGGACACACUAAAAAAAUGUCGGUAGAUGGAAUUUUUCACGUACCUCGUAAAUUGAGGUUAUUUAACCGAGCCAAUUUUUUUUUACAUUUUUUUUGUUAAUUAACGUUAAAAAUUUAAUAAUUUUUUACUCGAACAAUAUUUUGAAGAUAGAAAAUUUUCAUUCCUUACAGUUUGUUAUCACCAAUAAGCAAAAAAACUUGAAAUUUGACGAAUACAUAAUAAUAAGUUGAAUUUUUAAAAUUAUUAGACCUAGUUCCUUUCAUGUCAAGGGGUACGUGAAAAAUAUUCACAAAUAAACUUUUACAACCGAAUGUACAUAAUAUUUUUAAGUUUAUAUUUUGAUAUUUUUUAUUAUAUACAAUGAGGCUAUUUCUCGCUAUCGUUGACGUUUUUUUAUAUAUUUAUCUGCAGGGUGAAUUGCAAACUCUAUUACUUAAGUAAAUUAAUUUGUAAAGCAUCCUGUAUGGGCUAGUAUUAGGUUAAAAAGUUAAAAUGCAUAUGAUUUCGUAUCUGAUACGGAAUCGGGCAUAUUUUUUUACAGAUAAGUACUUUAUCCUUGGGAUUCCCAUAAUACAACGUUUUAACGAAUUAUUUAAAUUUUUAAACAAUGGCGUAGUAUUUUGAUAGAAUUUAAAAUGACACUUAAUUUAUUUAUAAAAAAAUCGGGUAUAAUACGUUCAAUCUAUCUUCAAAUUAAUGUCCGUUUGAUGCAUUAUACAAUAUUUAAACGUUUUUUACACUGCUAAAAAAGGUUUUUAACUCAUCGAUUUUUUAGUUCUUCUUCCAUAUUUUGUUCCUCCACCGACUAUUGUUUCAAUUUGUGGGUACAGAAAGUCGCACGGAGUGAGAUCAGGUAAAUAAGAAAGAUAGGACUAAGGUUCUUGCCUUUUUGGUCAAAACUGCCGAACACUUGGCACAGUUUGGAAUCGACUCGUUUCAUGACCAAAUUUUAAGAUACAUUUCGUUGACAGGAACUCCUCAAUCAAUGUUAAAAGUGCAUCAAUGAUUUUCCAAGAUGCUUAGGCGAAUUCAGUUGCUAUUCGUAAAGUUGUCUUUUAUUCAAAACAAUUUCUGGUAGCAUAAAAAGAGUACUACAAAAAAGUAAUUGAAGCCGAAUGCAGCUUCUAACAAUAACUACGGGUGGUACACAGAUAUAUAUGCAUUCACACAACACACUCCUAGCUAAAAAUGUCGGUUAUGCAAGCAGUCUACUCUCCUGAAAAUUAUUCCUGGUUUUUUAUUUUUCCUGUUACCAUUAAAUUUAAAUUAAAAAAUAAUGUGGAUGCAUUGCUGGAUUUCAGUAUGUUUAGAAGCGGUUUUUAAAAAAUAGUAAAUAAUUCUCACAAAAUUAUGAAAAGUAGUAUGGGUAAUAGGUGGUACAAUUCUAUUAGCUUUGGCUAUGAAUGUUUUUUUUAUAAUAUAAUUUUAUAUCCUGUUUGUACACCUAAUUCCUUUCGCAAUUCGCCCUUUUCAAUUUCUCGACAAUUCGUGCAAUUCUUUUGGAAUUCCUGUACUUCCUUGGCAACUCCCCACAAUUCCUUAAAUUCCUUUAAACAUAUAAAUUCGACGCUUGUACUCCUAAUUCUCUCUGCUGUUUUCCACUCUAUUUUUUUGGUUUGAAUAAUUUUUUAACAUUCCAUCUUAUUCCAAGCUACUGAAGUGAUCGUAGCGGAAUCAAAAAAUAUCU